UUCGUCGGAAUAGAUACCGAGUAAUAGUGUUCUGAGUACAUCUGGGACUCUAGUUAGAUUAUGUUUAUUAUUAUAUGGAUAUUAAUAUUACAUAGUUAAUUCUUUAUCUUUGAUAAUAUACUGUUCUCAUAUUCUGUGCAUGAGCAGAGUCUCGUUAGAGUAAAAGUGUUCUGUCAGCAGAGUUCACUGUUCUGUGGGCUUGCCGUACGCGCCAAUUACGAAGUGCAAGUGAUUCCCAAUCAAUUGACCAUUUCUGUAUCUGACCUAUUUUAUAUGUGUUUAAUAACCUGACCUAUAACUGCCUAGUAAACAUUGGAUCAUUACAUUCUAUGUUGAAUGUAUAUAACGUAUUUAUUUAUCUUAAGCGAUAACCUCUAAUGAUCCUUAAUAAAAUUUCAUGUAAUAUUUUAAUAAGCCGAUCGUCUCUGUCAAUUCCAUUAAUCAAAAAAAUGGCAAAAAGUACAUUUGAAUACGUCAAGACUUUUGAAUUAGACGAUUCACUUCUACCAAACACGUGGAUAGUUGUCAGAAUUGAUGGAAAAUGUUUCCACAAAUUUGCAGAUGAUCACAAUUUUACUAAACCAAAUGACGAAAGAGCUCUAAAACUUAUGAACUAUGCUGCAUUUCAUGUUGUUAAAGAGUUUAAUGAACUUCUUGUAGCAUAUGGUCAAAGUGAUGAAUACUCAUUUAUAUUUAAAAAGAAUUGUCAAUUAUAUAAUAGACGCCAAUCCAAAUUGUUGACAACUAUUAACAGUAAAUUUACUGCAUCUUAUGUUUAUUACUGGGAUAAGUUUUUUAAAGGAGAAAGAUUGAAAUACCCUCCAACUUUUGAUGGGCGGAUUGUCUUAUACCCCACAGAAGAAAAUAUUAUAGAUUACUUGAAAUGGAGACAAGCUGAUGUCCAUAUAAAUAAUCUGUACAAUACAACAUUCUGGACUUUGAUAUUGAAGGGAAAUUUAAGUCCAACACAAGCAGAAAAGAGAUUAUGUGGAACCGUGUCAGCUGAUAAAAAUGAAAUUCUCUUUAAAGAAUUCAAUAUGAAUUAUAACAAGGAGCCGGAAAUAUUCAAGAGAGGAACAGUUUUACUAAGAAAAAGUGUAUCUAAAGAGAAUUCUGGAAAACCGUCAGCAGUUAUUGUAGAUAUUCAUGAUGAUAUGCUUAAAGAAAAUUUUUGGCAUAAACAUAGUUAUUUAUUUAAAAAUUCUAAAGAAAUUGUGCUUCAUGAGGGAUCUAUGACAGAUAUUAUUAAUGAGCAAUUAUCUUAAUAUUAAUUAAUUAUUAACUUGAGAUUUACUGAAUAGCUUGAAGCAGUGAUUGAUUUUUUUAUAUUCAUUGAUGUGUUAAUACCAUGGUGAAUUUUGCACAUCAUCAGUUUGUACAUCUGUGAUAUUGAUUUAAUAUAAACACUAUAAAAGU